AUGAAGGAUUUCUUCUAUAUUUGUAUUCUCUUCUCUACUUCAAUCGCUUUAGAAAAGAAAGAAUUCGUGAUCGAUGGGAAAGUGUCGUUGGAGGGUUUAUGGGCCGAGUUCGAAGAGCUCUUUGAGCCCGGUGCGCCCGGGUCGUUACGCCCGGGUCUUUACGCCUGCUCAGGAUGGUGCAGAUGGGUGACAAUUUUGAAGGGUCCCAAGUUCCCUUGUGACUGUACGUGGAAGAAUCGAGAAGGAAAUAUAAAGUUCGCGAAAUUUCUCCGAGAACUCGCCUCCGCUAUUCAUUCUUUCUACCAUUUUGAGCCAUUUGAGGAAUCAUCGACUUCACCGCCAGAAGAUUGGCGAUUCAACCUUCGUCCAUUAAUCUUUUCAAUUACUCACUUUUCACAAUGUGCUAUGGAGACGUGUCAAAAAUAUUGGUUGAAGCCAUAUUUCAACAAGUUCAGCUCCAAUCCUGGAAAAAGUUAUGAGACCGCCGGCAAGCCACUCUAUCCAAUCGGAACAACCUGUUCGGCUUGUCCAACCACCACCGCUCCAUGCAUCGCGGUCACUGGACUUUGUGUUGUCAAAACCACUUCUGGU